AUAUGCUAUCACAUUCUGUCUGCCUCCCAUCCCAUGUUUUCAACUUGCAUGUGUGGUUUGAAUGUGCAAGCAUUUGUGUGGUGUGUGUUCUGGAGUUUGGGAAUGUGUUUUGUUUUAUUCUGUCUGAGCAGGUAUUUGUGACGAUAGAUCUUGAGAAGAUCUUUCCGACGCAACAAGAAUCGCUUCAAUCGGAGCAAGAACGCGAAAGCUAUGAAGAUUCAAAGUUCAUGAGCUUGCGUUACAAUUGCGGCGGUUACAAAGUGAAGUUGUGGGGUGACUUUAUAUGGAGUUGGGACCUUUGGGGUUGGGGAAACUUGUCACUCUACUGUAACAGCUGCAAAUAGAAUUUCGGAUUUAUAUUUUGAGUAAUUCUAGCUCCUAAGUUCACCUAGACUCCGUCCUUAAUCCUAACAAGUGGUAUCAGAGCUGUAUUAAGGACAUUGAGAGGAGUCUACAGAAGUGUGAAGACCCUUCUAGACCCACCAUGGCCUGUGGGUGUGCCUAAGUGGUGUUCUAAAGGUUGGAUGUGUCUUCCGCUAAGGGGAAACUCUGCCGAAAUUUCGUGGACGCCGAUACUUGUGAAAAUAUCGAGGGAGCUGAGUGUGGACAGCAAAGGGGAGCUGAAAUUCGUCAUUUCUCAAGGAGAAGAUGAAUGAGAGAGGAGGAGAUGCUAAUGGAAAAGGAGCUGUAGCUGAGAAGACAAGUGAGCCGCCGCCAUCAAAAGUUGAAGCUUUGGAUGGCUCCAACUAUGAGGAAUGGAGCGGACGGAUGAGGAGUGCCUUCAAACGCUACAAGCUACUGAAGAUUGCUGUUGGGGAAGAGAAGAUGCCGGAAGAAGGCGAAGCACGUGAACGGUGGAUUGAGAAAAGCGCGGUGCUUUUCGACCUCAUCCUUCAAUCGGUCAACAAGGAGAUGUUCGAGCACAUCAAGGAUCUUGUGGAAGCGGAUGAUUCGGGUCCAAGGGCGUGGAAACUACUACGUGAUGUGAUUCAGCCCAACACUCUCCCUAUGGUGAUCGUGCUCGAGAAGGAACUUGCUGCCAUCUCCAUGCGACCAGGGGACGAUGUGAAGCCGGUCCUUGACAAGAUCAAGAACACCUAUGCAAGGAUGGCAGCAGCGGGCAGCAGUGUAUCUCAGCUGCAGCAGUGCACCAAGAUCAUCUCGGUGUUGGACAACUAUUGGGACAACCUCAUCCCCACCCUCAACUCUCAGCAAGAUCAAUGGACACCUGAGUGGCUAAGGCAGCAGAUUCUGCAGGAGGACUUCCGUAGACGCCAUGUGGGAGGCGGUGCAGCCACUAAGACUGCUGAGGGGUAUGGAGCUGCAGAGCGCGGCAGAGGAAGAGGGGGCUGGAGAGGCCGAGGCCGUGGGAGGAGCUUUGGCAGAGGUAGAGGCCGAGGUGACUAUAAUGAGGGGCAUGGGAGCUCUAGUGGCAGGGGGAGUACCAGAAUGGAGGGCACCUGCUGGUACUGCAAGAAGAUAGGGCAUCCUUGGUUCAAGUGCUUCAGCAGGCCGGAGGGAUGGGCACCUCCAGGCAUGAAGCCGCCCAGUGGUGAACGCGCACAAGGUGGCGCUGUGCAAGGCUCAGGUGCACAAGGUGAAGGUGCACAAGGUAAUGCAUAUCCUGGUUUGUUUCUUAUGGUUGAGGAUGUGCAUGGGCAUGAGGGUGAUGUGGGAUCUGUGGGAAAGGUUGUGAUGCACCCUCUCACGCACUGGAAGAGCAAGGCCGAAGUGACCUUUGGACCAACCAGCUGCCGUGCUAAGCUUGGGAAGAAGGUGCUGUGGAGUCUGGAAGAGGAGACCAGCUGCAUCAAGGACCUGUGGCAGCUGCCCAUCAUCCCAUGGAAUGGGAAGACUCCAACAGCAGCAACGGCAGCAACGGCAAAGGCAACAGCAGGAGGAGAUGCAACUGCACCAACUGAUGGGGUCCUGGAAGCAGUCAAGAAAGUGCAGCAGCAGCAGACACAUGGCGAGAAGUUGGUGAAGAAUGGGAGCCUGAAGGGCUUGGAGGUGAAAGGGGGAGUGAAGGAGAUUGGGAGCUGCCCUACAUGCUUGGAGACCAAGUUCUCCAAGUUCCCCUUCAACAGCACUACAGGACCAGCCAAGACCCCACUUGCACUUGUGCACAUGGAUGUGGUGGGGCCCACAAGAGCCCCUUCCCUCUCAGGUAGCCGCUAUUUCUUGACAAUUGUGGAUGACCACACUCGGGCAGUGUGGCAGAAUGGCGUGGCUGAGAGGUUCAACAGGACCCUGCAGGAGGGGGCACGCACUCUCCUUGGGCGUGCAGGGCUGCCUGAUCCGUUUUGGGUGUCUGCACUGAGGCAGGUCGCCCUUGUGAAGAAUAGGGUGCUGGCUACAGUUGGGGAUAAGGAGUGGAUCCCAUAUACCAAGUGGUAUGGGAGUGCUCCAGCUGUGAACAUGCUGAGGGCAUUUGGGUGCAUGGUGGUGUUUCAUGUGCCUAAGGAGAAAAGAGGGAAGUUGGAGGCUUCUGGAAGAUGGGGUGUGCACUUGGGGAUUGCAAAGGAUCACAAGGGAUGGCUGCUAUGGGACUUGACCACCCAGAAGCUGACAGUGUCAAGGGAUGUGAAGUUUCUUGAGUCCCUGUACUACAAGGAAUGGAAGCAGCAGCAACAGAAGCUUCCAUCUACACCACUCAUUGUGGAGGCAGAUGAGUUGCAGCAGCCUUCAAGGCAGGUGGAGGUUGCAGUGUCAGAGGAGGAGAUGUCUGGGGUGACUGAGGAAGGGGGAGCAGCUGAAGUAGAGCAGCAGCAGCAGCAGCAGCAGCAGCAUGAGUCUCCACCUCGAGUUCCACACCCGCCUGAGCGUCCUAGGAGGGAUGUGCGCCCUCCAGUGAGGCUGACCUAUGGGGGAAGAGGCAAGCCGAAUGUGGUGCAGGCUGGGAGUGUGGUUGAGCAGAUUGAGGAAGAUGAGAUUGCAUUGUGCUAUUGGGCUGCAAUUCCUCAGCCUAAGGUACUGACGCUAGCUUCAACUCAGUAAAAGCGGAUGGCACCAGCAUUGGGGGAUAUGUGUGCUUGCUAGGAGGUGGUGCUGUGAGCUGGCGCAGCAAGAAGCAGAAUGAGGUGGGAUUGUCCUCAUGUGAGACUGAGUACAUGGCCUUACACCAUGGGGCCAAGGAAGUGGUGUGGCUGAGGCGCUUGUUGGAGGAGUUGGGAGUUGGUCAGGAGGAGCCGACAGUUGUGUUCUGUGACAAUGAGUCUGCUGUGAAGCUCGCCAAGAAUGCUUGUCUGCAUGGGCUGACAAAACACAUAAGGCCUAAGUGGCAUUGGGUGAGGAGACUCCUUGAUAAGGAGGUGCGGCUGGAGAUAGUGAAGACCCAUCAGCAGGCAGCAGAUAUUUUCACCAAGCGUCUGGCGGAGGCGGAUCAUUGGAAGGGCAUGAAGCUUGCUGGGAUGAGUGUGCAUUGAGUAUGCAUGCUUGAGAUGUGGUAUGGUGGAUGAUGGUUGGCAGCCAGAGGGGGAGAUUGUUGUGUGAUGUCAUCAUAUGCUAUCACAUUCUGUCUGCCUCCCAUCCCAUGUUUUCAACUUGCAUGUGUGGUUUGAAUGUGCAAGCAUUUGUGUGGUGUGUGUUCUGGAGUUUGGGAAUGUGUUUUGUUUUAUUCUGUCUGAGCAGGUAUUUGUGACGAUAGAUCUUGAGAAGAUCUUUCCGACGCAACAAGAAUCGCUUCAAUCGGAGCAAGAACGCGAAAGCUAUGAAGAUUCAAAGUUCAUGAGCUUGCGUUACAAUUGCGGCGGUUACAAAGUGAAGUUGUGGGGUGACUUUAUAUGGAGUUGGGACCUUUGGGGUUGGGGAAACUUGUCACUCUACUGUAACAGCUGCAAAUAGGUUGGGAACAACCAAGCUAGGUUGGCAAGGGUGGCCAACUUGGAUGGAUUGGUUGGGAAGGGACAAAGGUCAAAGUUGAGGUUCCUAUAGGGAGGGAAUCUUUGUGCUUAUGGG